AAUCCAAAGUUGGGGUGAAAACAUGACCAAGUCGGAUUUCGUGCUGGGCGGAACGGCAGCGAUGGGUGCGGUGGUGUUCACCAAUCCCAUUGAUGUGGUCAAGACGCGGAUGCAGCUGCAGGGAGAGUUGGCUGCCCGAGGAACCUAUGUGAAGCCCUACAGGCAUCUUCCCCAGGCCAUGCUGCAGAUAGUCCUCAACGACGGACUCCUUGCUUUGGAGAAGGGUCUCGCUCCAGCAUUGUGUUACCAAUUUGUCCUCAACUCGGUCAGGCUAAGUGUAUAUUCGAACGCAUUGGAGCUGGGAUACUUGCAGAAUGAGGAUGGCUCCAUAUCCUUCUAUCGGGGCAUGUUCUUUGGAGCUCUGGGCGGCUGCACGGGCACGUAUUUCGCCAGUCCUUUUUACAUGAUAAAGGCCCAACAGCAUGCCCAGGCGGUUAAGUCCAUUGCCGUGGGCUUCCAGCAUAAGCAUACUUCGAUGAUGGAUGCCCUGCUGCACAUUUACCGCACGAAUGGCAUUUCGGGAUUCUGGCGCGCUGCUUUACCCAGCUUGAACCGAACGCUUGUGGCCUCCAGUGUACAGAUCGGCACCUUUCCCAAGGCCAAGUCCGUGCUGAAGGAUAAAGGAUGGGUCACCCAUCCGAUUCUUCUCUCCUUCUGUGCCGGCCUAUCGUCGGGCACCCUUGUGGCGGUGGCCAAUUCACCCUUUGACGUGCUCACCACUCGGAUGUACAACCAGCCAGUGGAUGAAAAGGGUCGUGGACUCAUGUACAAGGGCUUGGUAGAUUGCUUCACUAAGAUCUGGAAAACCGAAGGGCUCCAUGGGAUGUACAAGGGCUUUUGGCCCAUCUACUUUCGUAGUGCUCCGCACACAACCUUGACAUUUGUGUUUUUUGAAAAGUUGCUCCAUGUGCGCGAUCAUUAUGUUUUCUCCCAGCCCAGAAACUGAAGAGUCCAGUCCUCCUGGAGGCCAUUAGAAUACUGUAAGUCCUCGCAUACAUUUGUUAAAUCCCACGAUGUGACAAUCCUUUUACAAAACUAAACAUUAAAAUUGUUCAUCGAAAAUGA